AAUUCCUCAGCCAACAUGGCACAAGUCUUAAAGUUGCCAAGGUUGAACCCCUCUGACUUGAACCAAAGUAACUGUACUUACAAACAUGGUCUGCCUAUGUCAGUGUGAGCCAUUUAUAGCUUUGUGAAGCAAAAACAUGAAUGGCUCUUUAAAACUGUGCACUGUGUUUAGCUUUAAUACGUUUAGUUCUAUCUAACGUGCACACAUGUUAACACAUACAGUGCGGCUAUAGUAUUGUUAUUUAUCCUUUUUUUUUCUCUUCUUCACUUCACACCCAUUACUGGUGUUCUUACUACUACCGUAUUAUUCUCUCUGUUGCUUUGCAAGUAGACCGAAUGGUUCCGUACCCGGAGACAAAUUCUUUAUGUGUCUAAUCACGUUGGCCCAAAUGAAGUACUCAAUUCAAAUCAAUUCAAUUCAACGAUAGCAGCUUUUCAACCCAUUUGAUUUCUGGUGUGAUUUAAUCAUUCAGGGCAGCAAAGAUGAGUAACCAACGCUUUUGCGUGUCUCUUUGUGUUCUGCUCCUUUCAGAUCGCGAGAAGAGUGAUAACUUUGCCGAGAAGAGGCCUCUCCUUGCUCUGUGCAAAAGCAUCGGAUCUUCUGGGACCAGCCCUCCUUACUGCUGCGUAGAUCUCCAUUCUUUGAGAACAGGGGAGGUGGUCAAAUCCGUCCAGUUCAAAACACCGAUUUAUGAUCUCCACUGCAACGGAAGGAUUCUUGUCGUCGUCUUGCAAGAGAAGAUUGCUGCCUUUGACAGCUGCACUUUCACUAAAAAAUUCUUUGUCACAAGUUGCUAUCCUUGUCCAGGGCCAAAUAUGAACCCCAUAGCUCUAGGAAGCCGGUGGCUGGCCUAUGCGGAAAACAAGCUGAUUCGGUGCCAUCAGUCCCGGGGUGGAGCUUGCGGAGAUAACAUUCAGUCCUACACCGCCACAGUCAUCAGCGCAGCCAAAACCAUCAAAACUGGGCUCACCAUGGUUGGAAAAGUGGUAACCCAGCUGACGGGCACUUCGCCGUCAGGAACGGUGGAAGAAGAAAUCGUAGCGCACAGCAAUAGCCGACGCAGUCCCUUGAUCCCCGGAAUUGUCACUGUUAUUGAUACCGAGAUGGUUGGAGAAGGACAGGUCCUGGUGAGUGAGGACUCCGAUAGUGACGGCGUCGUAGCGCACUUCCCUGCCCACGAGAAGCCCAUCUGCUGCAUGGCUUUCAACCCCAGCGUUUCCUGUUGAGGAGGCUUCUGAGUGAGGACGUAUGGCAGGUUGGACGCCCCUGCCAGCGUCUCAGCGAGCAGGGACAGCAUCGUGGUAAAGACUGGCAGCCAAGCAGAAUGUUCUGCCUGAUGAAAUUCUCUCUCUGGAGCAGGAGAGAUUGGGAGAUUGCCCACUCGUGCUCUAGAUAGCUGUGCUUGUGAAGUGACCACAGGGAUUGAGUUUCUUGUAGUCGCUUGUGGGUUGAGUGGCAUGGGAACUGAGGGAUUACCAUCACACUCAAAACCACUAGGCCGCCUUUAUGGACAUUUGAACCAAUUAUUUUACACAAUUAAUUUACUACCUAGGAGAGAUCUUCCGACAGGCAGGAAAGAACACUUGGUAAGUCGCCUAUUUUUUGGGAAUUGAGAAAAGAAAAUAUUAUCUUAAAGGAUUUUGACUUAAAAGCAAAAAAAAAGCUUAGAUGUAGGAGAUGACCAGGCUGAGCCCAAGGGAGGGGUCAAAGUCACUUCACUAACUCCAGCCCUCCUUGAAUUUUGUUGAUCCUUAUAUAUCACCAAUUUGCUUUGACUGUUAAUAGUUCAAAUUCUUGUAGACAGCUUAAGCUUCCGAUCAAUUUGUAUUCAUUUGAACUGCCCUGACUCCUGGUUCCCUUGACAUUAACAGGAUUGUGAUUUAAGAAAGUGUUAAACAUAUAAAGGGACAAUAAUUCUUAGAAAACAGAAUGAUUUUUUUUCCUUUGAUAAAAAUACCUUUGAAAAUAAUAAAAUUAACUUGACAAACAGGCUGGACCUUCAUGAGAAUGCUGACUAUUAUUAAGAAAAAUAGAUGAUUGAUGGAUUUAAUAAUAAUAAUAAUAAUAAUAAUAAUAAUAAUUUGGAAGGGACCUUGGAGGUCAUCUAGUCCAAUCCCUGCUCAGGCAGGAAACCCUAUACCAUU